GGGGGGGGGGGGCGUGAUGCUGGAGGCACCUGGAUUGUGCAAAAAACCUGGGGAGAAGGGGUUGCAAUCUCCUUAGCAGCCUCCAAUAUGAAGUGGGAGACUCAGCUCUACUUCAGGAGCACACGGGCUAAGAGAAAAGAUAUAGCCGUGCCCACAGAAACCCCAGUCUGAGCAGGGAGCCAUUGCUCUGUUCUCAGGGAUCUCCAAGCUGAGAGGGGGAUCCAGAUGACAGGUGCAAGUGGUAAAGAGAACCCUCUUGCCCUCUUGGGUGUCAUCUACCCAGGGUGGGAAGGAUGGGCUUGGAGGGGGCCAAACUGUGAGGCCCAAAUCAGAAAUCCAUCAGACUCCAAAGUCCUUUGGGAACAGGGGCACUGCAGCAGAGGUAUGGCACAGCGCCUGGCUGGGGAGAUGACUCGGCAGGUGCAGCCCCCUUGGCACUCCCUGUCCCAUGCCCUACCUGCUGAAGCCCUGACUCUGACAGGCACAGGGGUGACCCUGUUCAUCGCCUUGUAUGACUAUGAGGCCCGGACAGAGGAUGACCUCACCUUCACCAAGGGCGAGAAGUUCCACAUCCUGAACAAUACGGAAGGUGACUGGUGGGAGGCUCGGUCCCUCAGCUCUGGACAAACUGGCUACAUUCCCAGCAACUACGUGGCCCCUGUGGAUUCCAUCCAGGCUGAAGAGUGGUACUUUGGAAAGAUCAGUCGGAAGGAUGCGGAGAGGCAGCUGCUGUCCCCGGGCAACCCCCGGGGGGCCUUUCUCAUUCGGGAGAGCGAGACCACCAAAGGCGCCUACUCCCUGUCCAUCCGGGAUUGGGACCAGACCAAAGGCGAGCACGUGAAGCAUUACAAGAUCCGCAAGCUGGACACAGGCGGCUACUACAUCACCACGCGGGCCCAGUUUGACUCUGUGCAGGAGCUGGUCCAGCACUAUGUCGAAGUCAACGACGGGUUGUGCCACCUGCUCACGGCGGCCUGCACCACCCUGAGGCCGCAGACGCUGGGCUUGGCCAAGGACGCCUGGGAGAUCAGCCGCAGCUCCAUCGCGCUCGAGCGCCGGCUGGGCACCGGCUGCUUCGGGGACGUGUGGCUGGGCACGUGGAACGGCUGCACGAAGGUGGCGGUGAAGACGCUGAAGCCGGGCACCAUGUCCCCGAAAGCCUUCCUGGAGGAGGCGCAGAUCAUGAAGCUGCUGCGGCACGACAAGCUGGUGCAGCUGUACGCCGUGGUGUCGGAGGAGCCCAUCUACAUCGUAACCGAGUACAUGUGCCACGGCAGCUUGCUGGAGUUCCUCAAGGACCGGGAGGGCCAGGAUUUGAGGCUGCCCCAGCUGGUGGACAUGGCAGCCCAGGUAGCCGCCGGCAUGGCCUACAUGGAGCGCAUGAACUACAUCCACCGCGACCUGCGGGCCGCCAACAUCCUGGUCGGGGAGCGGCUGGUGUGCAAGAUCGCGGAUUUCGGGCUGGCGCGCCUCAUCAAGGACGAUGAGUACAACCCCCGGCAAGGAACCAAGUUCCCCAUCAAGUGGACAGCCCCAGAGGCUGCUCUCUUUGGCAGAUUCACCAUCAAGUCAGAUGUGUGGUCUUUUGGGAUCCUGCUCACUGAACUCAUCAGCAAGGGCCGAGUCCCCUACCCAGGCAUGAAUAACCGGGAAGUGUUGGAACACGUGGAGCACGGCUACCACAUGCCAUGCCUCCCAGGCUGCCCAGCAUCCCUGUACGAGGCCAUGGAGCAGACCUGGCGUAUGGACCCGGAGGAGAGGCCUACCUUCGAAUACCUGCAGUCCUUCCUAGAGGACUACUUUACCUCCACAGAACCCCAGUACCAGCCUGGGGAGCAGACAUAGCCAGCUUGGGCACUGGCUACCUCUCUGGGGGCGUCUACUAGCCCCUGUCAAUCCCCAGGGCUCUACAGAGUCCUAGAAUGUCCGAGCAGGCAGGACACUCCGACACCAUCUCGGACAACCCACUUGUUUUACAGAUGGAGCAAAUAGCGGCCCAGAGCUCCUCCCUCAUCCACUUUGGCCCCAAGUACUGUUUCUCCCUUUCUCACUUAGGCCCCUGCAGACCACUGGCCCCCCCACUCCCCACCCCCAAAUGCUCAGACUUGUCUAGUUAUUUAUGGAACUGUAUAUCCCUCCCUCCUUAUCGCCUGUCCCUGCUUUCCUACCUUCUUAACGCCCUACCCUGGUCCAAGCCCACAGAAGUUGUCUCUUGCUCUCAAUUGUCUUCUGUCAGUUACAAAGACUGACAGACUGGGUGGACGCUGUGCUCCCGAACUGGGGUCCAUGCCCAGGGUUGAGGGAGAGGGCUGCUGAGAGCUCACCCCUUCUGAAUCAUGUGUGUGUUUUUAUUGAUUUUGUAAAUAAGGAAAAUGACAAUAUGAAUCUUUGAGCCAUGAAA